AUGGACAAGGACGUGGACGCUGGCCGGGAGUGUGCCCCCGUUUCUAUUUCCGUAGUGGGCCUGUCCCACCGCGGUGGUUCGGAGAUGGCAAUGGAGGCCUGUCCCCCGUUGGGAGGAUGGACCUUUCACAAGUCUCUUUCCGUGAAACUGAAGCUGCCUAACCGCGUCCAACCGGAGUUUAUGCCCCAGCCCGGAAAAGCAGGUCAGUACACCAAUAAGAUGCACUACUUCAAGAAGCACUUACUGGACGAGAUUCGCAAGAAGAAGUUUGCCCUGGACUUCAUGGAGCCCGUGGAUACGCAGGCACUGAAAGUGCCCACUUACUACACGGUUAUCGAUCGCCCCAUGGAUGUGGGCACCAUCCUGAAAAGGGUUCAGAACAAUUACUACAGAUAUGUGGACGAGGCCAUCUCGGACUUCCGGCUGAUCAUCCACAAUUGCUUCAAGUUCAACCAACCGGGCGACGUGGUUUACCGCAAGGGUCAGAUGCUGGAAAAGUUCUUUAUAAAGAAAAUUAGGUCCAUGCCCGAGGGUCCGGAGUUGCCCUGCAACAAGGAUCCCAAGGCGGUGGGAAGAUCGCGAGCCAAUGCCAAUUUCGUUCAAACGGAACGCAUGUGCCGGGAUCUGUUGAAAAAGUUGCAGAAUUCCACCAAUCUAUCGGACAGCUCAGCCCGUAGUUUCUUCACCGCCAAAUGGGAAUUGCUGGUCAAGAAGUUGGACAGACGCCACUUCAAGUCCAUCGAUGAGUUUCGCUCCCAUGUGGAUGGGGUCUUCAUGAGUUACCAUGAGCCUGCCAAAGUUAUCUACGAAAGUGCCUUUAAUCAGCCAGAUCCCUGGUGCACUUUCCCCCACUCAAUGGGCAGUUCUGUUCUGACUGAAGCGGAUCUCAGUGAGCUACUGCAGGCGGCCAAGUUGGCUGAGAACGCCCUGGUGCAGUGCCUCCAGCUGGCGGGAAACUGGGAACCCUGGAGGGCCAGGUCUUUGGUGGAGGCCUUAUGUGCCAGUGUAAGCAAGGUUAAACAGAAGCUAGAGGCAGCUCCCCUCAAGAAAUCGUCAGCCAAGGAAAGGAGAUUGAGCGCCGAUCAGCAAGAUGAUUUAGUCCAGGGAGAACUCAAGCCAGCUCAGGACUUAAUCAACAGCAGUGAAGUGGACACUCUCAUGGCAGUCAGCUGGGAGUCAACGGAUGACGAGGGUAACGAAGCCCCAACGAAUGUGGUCAACGAUACAGAGCGUCGUACUAUCCAAAAACUAUUUGCCAAGCUGCCUCCGGCGGCCAUGAAGGAGAUCAUCCACAUGGUCCAGCAGACCGAAGGAGUGUCCGCCGAGAGCUGUGGCGAUCUGAGCUUCGAUGUCAAGGGCUUCGCAGCGGACACUUGGGUCCUGAUGAAGCGGGCCGUGGCCAAGGCGAUGAGGGCACACAGUAAGCUGAACCUGCGGGAUAUGCAGCCUUCGGAAAGGGAAGGUCUGCAGCGCACUCUGCAAUCCCAGCUGGUGGACAUUACGCGGCUGCUGAACAGCAAUCGCCGCCGAAAUGCUGCUCCCCUGAUUAAUUCCAGAACCAAUAACAAAAGCAACGUUAUGCGGAAGAGACCAUGUGGUCCUCUAGCCGCCAAACUGAAGCCGCCGCCACCGGGAAAACUUGGUGGCGGGAAAGUGGGAAUGGGAGUGGGUGUCGGAGAGAGUCGCAAUCUGAGCGACACCAGCGACGAUUCUCCUGGCCCGUCCAGUCCGCAGAGGCAGCAACCAGGAGCACUCUCCUCCCAACGGAUGAGCCUCCCGAACAGAAGAACUCCACCGCAGAAGAAACCCUUCAGCUCCCCGAAUCCCUUCGUCGUUCGCGAUCUCAAGAUGAGCAGCAGCAGCAGCAGCAGCGAGUCGCAGAAGGGAUCCAAAUCGGGCUGCAGUUCCAGCUCUAGUUGUAGUUCCAGUUCAGGCUCAAGUUCCAGUUCGAGCAGUAGCUCCAGUUCCAGCAGCGAAUCCUCCGAGGACGAAGGAUCUCCAGUUCCGAAAAGCCAACUGGGAACGUAA